AUGGCUCCCCUCUUCUCGCGGAGCAAAGCCCAUCAGCGGAAACGGGAUGAGCUUGCAAAAGAUAUCGAAAAUAAACUGUUGGUACGCGAGAUCGGACCGGACGGUUACAAAUUCAUACCCAGAUAUGCUGUCGAGGAGGUGUUGACCAGCGAUGCAAUCCAUAAACUGCUCGAGAAACUCGACUGGUACAAACAAGAGAGGGCAGAAAACAUCAUCCGCUACUCGAGGACUAUCAUAGCAAUUCUCCUUCGUGCCGGGUGGAACGAUUGGGGGGAUUUGCCAAAGCUUCUCUCGCCAAAGCUGUCUUUUGAUCCUGCUUACGGAGGCUACUCAGACCAAGAUCUGCCUCUCGACGAUCGCACGAUCGACACUCUCGAAAGAAGUGGAGUUGGCGAAAGAUUUGGCAGGUUCCGUUCAUAUCAGCUGUACUUUGCGCCGAUCCGGAUUGAGGAGGAAACCCACUCAAUGUAUCCGCAAGAACGUCGUUUGCCGUACGUAGAUCGACCGGAAAGGAUUGGCCGCGGCGCUUUUGGAAACGUCUACAAAGUCCGAAUUGCUAAGGGUUAUCGAUUAGAGGCCAAUAAAGUCACACCUAAUCAAAUGGUAAGUCUGGUCGAGGAUUUGUACCACGCUGAUGUCAACCAGGAGUACGAAAUGGCCGUCAAAGUCUACGAGAGCAAGGAUAAGCGCAAUAAAAACUUUGGGGAAGACUUUCAGAGAGAGGAAUCCACCCUCAAGAAGUUCAGAAGAGCGCUUAUCUCCUUUCCCGAAGCAAUAGCGGUGAAUUUUGCAACAUUCGUCCAUGGCGAUGAUCUGAACAUUAUUUCCGAACUGGCUGACAUGGACCUAGCUGACCUUCUAUCCGGUGAAUGUUGUGGCUUCAGCAACUUUGCAAGCAAUCCUCUGAUAUUUAGUCCGCGGCAUUUGGCAUACCAAGCCUGGAAGCUGUUUCGGGCCCUUGCGUGGUUACACAAGGGAGUAGAACUUGGGCCCGGUGUCCAACAGUCAAUUGUUCAUAUGGAUCUAAAGCCCGACAACAUCCUUGUCUUUGGGCCGCUUGGAACUGAGAAGCAUCCCGUAGGCAUCUGGAAACUUGCCGACUUCAACCUUUCAGAGAGCAAUGAUGUAACAGUAGAGCCAGCAACUCCGGCUCCAGGUCCGAUAACGACCCUCGGAGGAUUGAUACGAGAAAGGUCCAACCGUUCAGCACGGCCGGGACGUCCGGGACGUGAAGGUGCCUUCUUGCCGCCGGAGCUGCGCCUUUCGGAUAAUCCACAGGCAGAUCCUAAGACUGAUAUAUGGUCGGCGGGUUGUAUCCUGGCUAUCAUCCUGGCGUUCACUGUGGAAGGGCCUCAGGGCGUCGCAGAGCUCCAGAAACUGCGGGAUGCACGUGACGACUAUUUUUAUGAGCUUGCACACGACAGGACAGCAAUGCCGCAGCGAAAUAUUACCCACUGGUUAAAUAGUUCUCUUGGCUCACAACGAGACGCUUUUUGGAUCAAGCAAUGGCAGGAGCUUAUCGAGUUGAUGCUGAAGAUUGACAGAGAUUCGCGUCCUGCUAUGGAAUCUGCCGCAGCAAGUUUGGCUGGGGCCUACAACCAAAUGAUCGCAGGUUCACGUGGUAGGAGGCGGAUCUGGGAGCAUUUUACCAAUGCAGAGACUGCAGCGAACCCACAACAGGAUCCAUCUCCGCCUGAACUGAUCACAAUGACCCACUCCUUCGAUUCUGGCAUAUCGUCACCAGGCAAAAUGAUAGAAAAUGCACUACUUGGAUCUGCAGAUGAUGCAUGGUGUUUCAUGAGACUGGAAUUCCCGGAGGUUGCUACACACACAAGCAUUUGUCCGUCUGGAAAACGAGCAUGCAUGUGGAACAAGAAAUACAUGGCCCUAUUUGACCUCACGUUGAAAGGCCCGAAUCAGCCGCUCUGGCAGACCGAAAAACGAGGUGUCCGAUCUGGACCAGGGCUUGCUCCAGUCGCUCAAUGGUCGAAUGACGCCUUUGAUCUGUGCAAAGUGCGUAUCGUGGGCAAUUAUAUCGCCCUUCAUCUCCAUGGGCAGACCACUGAUAAGGUUCAGAUUUUUGUGUGGCAAAAAUCGCCCGGAGGAGUCUUAGAACAUCGCAGAACCAUUCGAGAUAUCGAGGAUCUCGACGACCUAUGGGUUUCCGAGCAGGGCAACGUCCUUUUACAAUUCUGCAACCGUAUCCAAGUUCAUGUUCUCGGUGCUGGAGUUUUCAAACAUCAGGGGAAUAAUGCAGUGCUCGCAGCGAUGGCUCUGUAA